AUGUCAUCUACAGAUGGUACAAAUAAUAAGACUGAUGAAUAUAUUAAACUUCGAGUUGUUGGACAAGAUAAUAGUGAAGUUCAUUUUAAAGUUAAAAUGACAACAUCAAUGGGUAAACUUAAAAAAUCAUAUGCUGAACGUCAAGGUGUUGCUGUCAAUAGUUUACGAUUUCUCUUUGAUGGUAAACGUAUUAAUGAUGACGAAACGCCAAAGCUUUUAGAAAUGGAAGAUAAUGAUACAAUUGAUGUGUAUCAAGAACAAGUUGGUGGUAGUCAAUCAUUCCAUACUAAAUAA